CUGCUACUUGCUCCUAAUACGGCUAUACUGAGAUCUCUCAGUCGAAAUACAUAAAACAACCAGAGAACGUUAAAUUAAUAACAGGAAGAAGUGUUUUACAUUGUUCGAACGGUCAUUGAAUCCAAGUUUUCGUACAUAAAAGGGGUUUGCUUCUACCUUGUGUGAAUUUGCCUUGGUGAAUGUAAUCGAACAACUCUUAUUUGUUGAUUUUAACACCAGAUGUCGCAUAUUAAACAGUCAUUUUCCUUUAUUGUGUUUUCUUAAUUUUGGUAGAUAAAGAAUAGUGUUGUGUUUUUACCAUCUCUUAUAAAAACGAUUUAAAUUAUCCAAAAUUUCUGAAUAUUAAUGUCAAAUUAAAGGAUAGAGGCUUGGCUGCAGUGAUUUCGGUGCGUUUUUGGUUUGUUUUAGAAAUGCUUAUAAAUUGUUCGCAAAAGUGGCGUUUAUAAGCGAUAACAUAAGUUUUGAACGUUAUUUUCUUCAGAAAAUGCAACAAGUGGACACAGAUCCACCAUCCCUACCGGUUGGUACGGAGGUAAGUGCCAAAUAUAAAGGUGCUUUUUGCGAAGCAAAAGUUAGUAAAGUAGUUCGUAACAUAAAAGUCAAAGUUGCAUACAAGCAAGGGCUAGGAUCGGGAAUCGUAUCCGACGAUUUAAUAAAAGUGGCACCUGGACAAUUACGCGUAGGUGCUACUGUUGAAGUGCGUCACCCUGACCGAAAAGAUUUAGUGGAAGGAACUGUGACCAAAAUUCAAGAUUGUUCCCAAUAUACCGUUGUUUUUGAUGACGGAGACAUAACCACAUUACGUCGUACGGCUUUAUGCUUAAAAAGUGGACGCCACUUCAAUGAAAGUGAAACGUUAGAUCAAUUGCCAUUAACACACCCCGAACAUUUUGGAAAUCCUGUGGUAGGAGGACGUAGAGGACGCAGGCGAGGUCAGUUAAAUGAUGACAGCUCCGAAGAAGAGGAUGAAAGCGACACGAAAGAGGUUGUUAACGAAAAGGAGGAACAUAUUGGCAAAGUGGUUUGCGUGGAAAUGGAAACAAAGAAAAAGGACAAAGAGAAAUGGUUUCCCGGACUUGUAUUAGCCCCCACAGCACAAGUAAAUGUACGAAUUCGAGUAAAAGAUGAAUAUUUGGUGAGGUCUUUUAAGGAUGGUCGAUAUUAUACAGUACCGAAAAAAGAAGCUACGGAUUUUACACGUGAGGCUGCUGCUAAGCAAGAUGGACAGGCAGUGCAAGCAGCUCUCCAAUAUUUAGACAGUGGAGCCCUACCUCCACAUUGGGAUCGCGAAUCUUUAUUUGGACUUAAUAAUUCAUCUAGCGAAGGAGACGGAGAACUAGAAUCGGAUUCAUCUGAUGACGAGCCUCGAGAAGAAAAAGAUCGCUUUGUGGCGCAACUUUAUAAAUACAUGGAUGAUCGUGGCACUCCAUUAAAUAAAGUGCCGUCAAUUCAAAAUCGAGAUGUAGAUUUAUAUCGACUUUUUCGUGCAGUACAAAAAUGUGGGGGAUACAACCGCGUAACAGCCAAAAAUCAAUGGAAGUCAAUUGCUGUACGUCUGGGUUUUACACCAGUAACAAUAAGUGUAACAAACUUAGUAAAACAAGCGUAUAAAAAAUUUCUUCAGCCCUAUGGUGAAUUUCAUCGCAAACUUGGAUGUUCUAUGUUAAUGACACCUCGCAAUUCCAACCGUAGCAAGGGGCGAAGUUUAGUACGAGCUAACUCUGUUGCCUCCCCAAAACCAGUUGACAAUGUAAAGGAUGUCACAAAUAGGACUACAACAAAUACUAACACAGUACUAUCAUCCUCAUCAUCGUCCUCAUCAGCUUCCAGCAGUCAAAAUAUGUUAGCAUCCUCUGUUGCUCAGAUUAAUAAUGCAACGAAUAUAAUAGCGGCAGGCACUCCAUCCGUAACGGAAGAAUCUGAAAAUACAAGCGAAUCUAGUUUAGAUAACGCAAAGAACAAGCGCAAGCUGAUGACAGGGAAAGUUAAAGGACUUAUAGAAAAAUAUGAAGAGAAGACGAGGGACGACUGUGAUCUUCCAUUAGCAAAAAUUAAAGUGGCAGCAGAUUUGUCGCGUCCUGAAGACAAGGAUAAGGAGGUAUCUGUAAAGGGAAUUGUCGCAGCCCCUAACCUGAACUUACGGGAUUCUUCCCCACCAGGAACAAGCGGUGCAAAUAAAAAGGAUAAAAUCCAAAAAAAGCAAACCCCCCAAAGUGAUGAUAAACGAAAUAAACGCAAAAAAGAUGAUAUUAUCGAAAAAGUGGAUAUUGGCGAUUUUAUCGUUGAGGUAGGAGACAAACUUAAAGUUUAUUACCAUGAAAAGAAGGUUACUUAUGAAGCUAAAGUUAUCGAAAUAUCUGUACAACGAGGAUCUCCAAUGUAUCUAGUACAUUAUACUGGAUGGAACAAUCGCUAUGACGAAUGGGUACCGAGGGAACGUAUCGCGGAAAACAUAACUAAAGGUUCAAAGCAAAAAGGACGGCUGUCAAAUCCAGGAGCUAUUGAGAAGCAAAAAGAGAAUCCGUCAAAACCGCCAACAGCGCCGUUAAUGAAUUUAUCGGGCCCACCAAAUUCAAACGCUAAUAUAUUAAGUAGCACACCGAUAUCUACAAAAAUGUCGGUGGCAGCUAAACGUGGUCGUGGUAGAAGCGAUUCACUCCCACCGCGGUCAACUACACCCUCGUCUAUAGCAUCUAAUUCAAGUCGGACAAAAUCACCAGCUACUGCUGGUCUAAAAAGAAGACCAAUUCGUUCAUUGGCAAAUUCUGCACGGCGCACAUCAGCAAAUGUUUCUGAUGCUUCUUUGCAAAGCGAGUCAGACACAGACUCAGAUGAACCAGUACGACGGCCAAGACGUGGUACCAAAGAAAUGGACUAUAAAUCAGGUUCAUUAAGCGGAAAGGUAACAAUUAAGAAUAGCCAGUCAGAUUCAGAUGUUGACGACGAAGAGGAAGCGACUUCGACAAAUUUGGAAACAAAUAAUAGCACUACCAUGAACAUAAAUUCCAAAAGUCAUAAUUAUGAUUUAAGUCAAAUACAUCCUGAAGAAAGAGAAUUUCAGAAUUUAAAAUCUCCUACAUCGUCAUUAGCUGAGGAGGAUGCACAUGUAUCAACUGCAAAAGAAGAAGUAACGGUUAAAAGUGAAAUUAUUACAGACGUUAAAAAUGUUUGCAUUUCUAGAAACAUAACAGUAGUUGAGUUAAACACUGAAGCUCCGUUUGAAAAAGAAGAUGUAAAACAAGAUUUAAAAGAGGAAAAUUUGAAAUCCUCCACGGAUAUGUCGUCGGAGACGGAAUCAUUUUGUGAUGACGAUUCCCAAUCAUCUGGGAAAACUACGACUCUCGAGAACAUGACAAAAAAGUUUCAGCAGAAAAUCAAAGCAGGCAAACAACAGGCUUUAGAAAAGCUUUCCUGCGGAAAACCUACUAUUGAGCGGGUGCCAAAAGUCGUCGAGAAAAUAAUAAAGGAUUCUCUUGCAGAAAAACUACAGGAGAGUCUUAAAACUAAGCCCGAUAUUAAAAAAGAAGAAAACUUGGGCGCGACUGAAAGUGACACUGUCAUUUGUAAAUCUGACAUUGACAAAAAAGAUGAAGGUAAAAAGAAUAGCAUUCAAACUGAUUUCACACAAAAAAGCACUUCGAGUGGUCAAUACAGAUUUGGAAGUACGAUGGGCGAAAGCAAAUAUUCUUCAGUUAUUCUUGAAAAAUCUUCGAACACGGUUAAGAAAAUAGAAUUGAGUUGCAGUAAAAAAUCCGAGAUGUGCAGGAAAGGAACACAAGAUUUAUCAGAAGUUCAAUCAAAAAAAAAUAUAGAGUCAGUGUGUAAGGAGUUAAGCAAGCCUGAACCGUCGUCAGCUUGCUCACCAUCAUCUUCUUCUUCAUCGUCAUCAUCAUCGUCAACUUCCACAUCAUCGCGUUCUUUGCCAGACAUGAGUAAGUUAGAUAUUAGUGGUGGAUCUUCAGCAUCUUCACUGCAUUUGUCUACUAAUAAAGAUUUAAAGUUAAUGUCAGUUGCACCAAAAGAAGCUUCACCGGAUAUAUAUGAGUUCAAGGAUCCAGAACCAUUUGAAUUUGAAAUAAGAAAAUUGCAAACUACUAGCUCAAAUUCAUCUUCAUUAAGCUCAAGUGUAUUAAGUGGAGGUAUUACCACCUUGAGUCCUCGAAAGCCAAUUUCGAAAGUUGUAACUCAACAAGUAGUGGUUAGUGAAAAGCAAUCAUCUCAAAGUCCAAUCGCAGCUCUAAUGAAUCGCAAGAAAAGGGGAUCCCCAUUGAAAGAAUCCUCAGUAGAAAAAACUAAGCUUUUUAAAACUGAAGAAAAAACAAAUUAUAUUUCUGAUAGUAGUUCAACUAAAGGUAGUAUAACCAGUCAAACAAAAUUAUUGACUCCGAACACCGCAGCUCAAAAAACCGUUGAAAUAUCAGAAAAUACUUCAUUUGAUUCGUUAAGAAAAUCGCCUAGUUUCAAUGUUAACAUUAAUGCAUUGAAUGAGGAGUUAGCACAAACAGUGCAGGAAACAACUAGAGCUCUUACUGAUGCCUUUCAAACACCGAACACGUGUUCUCUACAAGAAGUCACCAAUAAUCCUCCAAAACUGGAAUCUACUGAAGAAACUGAUAUUGAAACUUUAACCACUCCCCCUCGAAGGAGUAUACAAUCAAAUGAUUCCAAAUCGGCUAGUCCCAUAAUAUCAACAGCUUCUAAAGCAAUAAUUGGAAGUCCAUUUAUAGAGACUAGAAGAGAUAUUAGCAAUGUGUUUGAACUGAGUACAAGCGAAGGGCUCACAUCCAUAAGUGAUUCUAAAGAUAACAAGUUUGAAUUUGAAAACGCGAAGAAAAUGCUAUCAGCUACGUCAGAUGCAUUUGAUUUGGAGCCAUCAAAAUACGAGAAUAGGCCGACAUCCAUCGCAGAUAAACUGCUUAAAGCUAUAAGUCAAAAGAAAGAGGAGGAUAAACAAAGAGUUGAGCCUAAAACUGAAAAAGAAGGUGAAAGUAAAUCUACAAUUGAUAAUAUUGCAAUAGCAAAGAAUGUGUUGGGGGGCUUACAUGAUAUUGGAGUCGGAUUAAUCGAGCCGCUGAAUAUUAAUACUGAUUUGCCAGGAUCUUCCACUAGUUAUAUAUGUAGUGGAAGCAAUUUGGGUAUGGAAAAGCUACCAAUCAUAUCGACAUUACAUAAACCCACCCCUCUUACAAGCCCUGAGACGAAAUUAGGUAUACUAGAGUCGAUUACAGUAAAAAAUAAUGACUUAACAGAAACCAUACAAAAACUUGAAUGCGCCAUUCAACGGAAAACACCUGUGAGUGGGCUUUCCGUUACAACGACACCAAACACAUUUUCCGAUGAUUCAAUGGACAGUACUGAUUCCGAACGUCGGCUUGUUAUUGAAGAUGUAUCAGAAGAUAUUUGUGAUACGCUAAAGAGCCCAAUCUAUACGCAAAACAUUGGAGAACAAAAAUCAAAUAUAUUGGCUCAUAAAGUGGAAGUUAUUGCUUUUAAAACAGCAUCCCAAUCGGGGACCGAAGUUCAAAUUUCUCAAAAAUCUUCAAAUGCAAGUCGAUCCCAACAGCUAAGCUCGUCAGUAUCACCAACUAUAACUAUGAGUGGAGCAAAUAUACUACCAGAGAAAUAUGACCUAUCCAUAACAACAACAAAUGCAGGUUCCCUAAAUAUUUUAAAUGUGCCAAUCACAACAAUUGAAAAAAAAGGACCUUUACUCGGAUAUCAAGAAGCAAAAAAUGAUACCAAUCAAAGUCAACAAGAUUCCCGAUCGAUAGGCGGAGAACAAAAUGAAGAUACGAAAUCGAGUUGUAAUGAAAAUAUUAGCUCAAGGGACAGUUUUAGUAUUAAGUCUUUUGAGACUGGAGACAUUUCAGCAACAAUGAGCUCUUUAUCACCUUCAUUAGGAAAUGCCAAAACUUCAAAGCAACAUGCACUGAGAAUAGCGGAUGUUGUGCCGAUCGUAUUACCGGACAUUCCAGUAUCAGUUGUCGUAGCUUCUGGUGCCGUACCAUCCGUAAAAGCAGCAGCAGAGGCAGCAGCUGCUGCGGCAACUAGGAAUUCACAGACAGACAUUAAAACUAAUGCCCCUAAAACACUCCCAACUUCAAUUAUUAGCACCUCUUCUACUUCGUGUUCGAUGAUAGAGAAAAAACAAGAAACAAAAGUGGUAUCGGACGCAGGAGGACAUAUUAGUAAAUCAGAAAACGUGAAUUUACUUCCAACUGUAUCAGUGUCUCAACUGUCGAGCAUACCAUCUAAUUCAAGAUUUUAUUUGGACGCGCGUACAGAUUUGCGACCUGAGGAUGGUGUAAAGCCCAUAAUAGACAUGCAACGGGAAAAUACCGAAAUAGAAUGUUUGAACUCCAAAGAAGUUGAUGACAGUUUUCGCUCAAAUGAGUUGGCAACAAAUUUUGGUGCUGAUGGCAAUAACGAUUCAAUAAACCUUCUUUGUGAAGAGACAAUUCCUGGCAGCCCCACGCCUGCAUUUGGAGGAAAAGAAGAGCCUAUGUCAACUUCGUUACCCACAGAAAGUACUUUACUUUUAGAUGGCAGCAAAGAAAUAGGCAACACAGAGCCGGCUAAUAUUAAUAGCUCUCCGAAUGAUUCAGCGAGUCAUGAUGAGAGCAGUGAAGACAUAAAAAAGAAUUUGGACAUAGAAAAUGAGAUAUCACCACGAAAACGUCGUCGAACAAGAAAACAGUCGGAAAUUACCAUGGUAUCAGAACAGCAUACCAAAAGGCGAAGGCAAAUGGGUUGCAUGAAAAAGAUUACAGCAGGCUCCGAUAGUGACGAAAACUCUGAUGGGACAUCUCAGCGAAGUACUUUGUCCUCUCGACAUCACUUUCAACAGCAGCAUUUACAACUCCAAGUAUCACAGUCAUCUGUUGGAAUUCGACCUUGUCCUUAUAAUUUCUUAGUGCAAUUAGAUCCUAAUAUGGGUUCAGAACAGUGCAUAACCAUUCUGUUAAAACAGAUCCAAGAAUUACGUAAAACAUACAACACUAUAAAAGGAGACCUAGCUAGUAUUGAUCGAAGACGUAAAAAGUUACGGCGACGUGAAAGAGAAAAGAAACAACAAAUACAAAAUCAACAACAAAUUAAAAUUGCUUAAGAAAUUUUGGCAUAAAACAAUGAUUAAAAUAAUGAAGUAGAAUAUAAAUAAUUCUAUACUUAAUGAUGUUAUUACAAUACGAAAUAAAACUCCUUAAUUUUAUUAAACC